AUGGCUACGAUGGCUACGAAUAAUACCGAUGAAAUUGAGGAAAUUGAGAAAAAGGAGCAAGAGUCUACUAAUUUAGAGGAGUAUCCACCAGAGUUCUUGAUCAAACAUCCUCUCCAACACACAUGGACUUUAUGGUAUUACGAGCCUGACAAACAAAAAUCUUGGGAAGAAAGCCAAAGAGAAAUCACAAGCUUUGAUACCGCUGAAGAUUUUUGGAGGUAAAUAAAAUAAAAUUUUCUAAUAAAUAAAAAUUGUCGAGCGUACAGUGGAAAAUUUUAAAAAUGAUUUACUUGAUAAUUUCUAUUUACAUCAUUUUUAAUAUUGGAUUGAGCAUUCAUCUUUGUAACUGAACUACUUUCAAUUUAUUUAUAGAAAUUUAUAGCUUUGGUAUUUUUUAAUAAUUUUAUUUCAUUUUAAAUAAUAAUGAAUAUUAUUUUAUGUUUUAAUUUUAAGUUUUACGAAUAAUUUGUUUAUAUUCUAAGAUAAUAUUAAAAUUUGAUAUCAAUAUAAUAAUAUUUUAUCGAUUCCAGUUUAUAUAAUCAUAUAAAAUCUGCAUCUGAAUUGAGACAAGGAUGCGAUUACAGUAUGUUCAAACAAGGUAUUCGUCCUAUGUGGGAAGAUGAAGCGAACAAACAAGGAGGAAGAUGGCUUAUGACAUUAGAGAAAAAACAGAGAAACUCUGAUCUUGAUCAUUUUUGGCUUGAAAUUUUGUUAUGCAUGAUUGGUGAAGCAUUUAACGAGCACUCUGACGACGUUUGCGGUGCAGUAGUUAAUGUCCGAACUAAAGGGGAUAAAUUAGGAAUUUGGACUGCUGACGCUAACCGAUCAACGAGUGUCAUGGAAAUUGGAAGAAAACUUAAAGAAAGACUACGAAUCUCGCCGAAGCAAAUAAUUGGAUACCAAGUGCAUAAAGAUGUUAUGGUCAAAGCUGGAAGCAUAACUAAAAAUACUUAUCAAGUUUAG